AUGGCUACCCCAAUCUCCGAUCACGAGAAACAAGAUGUCAACUACAUUGAGCAUGUCGAGACGAACGAAUCAUCGAUGAAUCUGCACAAAAUGCAAACGCUGUCGGGUGUGGACAUGAAGAACACCUCGGCCGUGAAAGGUGACGAUUCUGAUGGCAAAGUCAUCUGGAGCAUUCGCGGUAUCUUCUCGGCGGUCUUUCUCGCGGCACUGUACACCGGCUCGCAAGUCAUCCUCUACUUCACCGGCGGAUCUCUAUCCUUCAUUGCAGCAGACCUCGGGAUCACCCGUGGCAUCGUCUGGUUGCCGACUGCAAACAUCCUCGCUAUUGCCGCCACUUGCCCAUAUGCUGGCUACCUCCAAGAUCUGUUCGGCAAACGUUACAUUGCUCUGUUUGGAGCUUUUUGUAUCUGCUUAGGAUGCGCGCUUGUGGGAUCUACCCAGACCUUUGGACAGGCUAUCGUAGGGAUGGCCUUAUCUGGCGUAGGUGCCGCCAUUGGUGAGCUUACAGGCCUAGCCGGACUCGCAGAAGUUGUUCCCGUCAAGUAUCGCGGCUACUCGCUAGCACUGGUCACUGCCUUUGUCCUUCCCUUCUGCCCAUAUCUGAUGUACGUGGAGCUGUGGUCACAUCGUGAUCUGACAGUCGGCUGGCGAUGGGGUCCGUGGGUCUCGCUAAUCUACAACGGCAUCGUGGGUCUCGGUCUGCUAUUCACAUACUUCCCCAAGGCUCACACCCGUGCGGAUGGCUUUUCGCGACUCGCGAUCUUGAAGAAGAUUGAUUACUUGGGAGGAUUUCUGUCGGUCACCGGUCUGACUCUGUUCCUUGUUGCCCUCAACUCUGGUGGCUAUACUCACGCCUGGAGUAGCGCUUACAUCCUCUGCACUCUCCUAUUCGGCCUUGCUCUUAUCGGUGCAUGGAUCGUGUGGGAAUGGAAGUUUGCGCCCUAUCCUAUGGUUCCUGGUGAACUUUUUAAGGGCCAGCGCAUCGUCGCUCUCGCGUACGUUGUUGCCUUUACAGCAGGCAUGAACUUCUUCAGUAUCCUGAACUUCUUCCCCGUCACGUUCACGUCUGUGUACGAACCUGAUCCGGUCAAGAUUGGUCUGCGAGCGAUGCCUCCCGCCUUUACCACAGCCAUCGGUGCCAUUGUCUUCAACGCCGCCCUCUCCGUGUUCCCAGGUCGCGCAAGAGAAGUUCUGCUCGUUGCUGUGGUUCUCAUGACGUGUUUUGCCGGUUCCCUUGCAGUCAUGACUCCCGAUAACGAACAAACGGUCGUGGCACUGGGAUCCAUCGCCUCGUUCGGCAUCGGUGGUGUUAUUGUACCGGCUGCUACCGUCGCCAUGAUCGUCUGCCCUGACGCACUUAUCACCACUGCAGCCGCGCUCUCACUUAGCAUCCGUACCGUCGGUGGCAGUAUCGGCUACUCCAUCUACUACAACGUUUUCGCUACAAAGCUCGAACAGAACCUGCCAAAGUACGUUGCAGAGUACGCAGUCAAAUCAGGUCUACCCGUAACCAGCGCUGUCGAGUUCGUGACGGUUUUCCUAACCGCACCUGCGAAUCUGACGACUACACCGAUUGAGGGCCUCACACCAGCGGUCGUUGCCGGCGCGACUAAAGGUGUGCAGUGGGCCUACAGCCAAAGCUUAAAAUAUGUCUGGUUUACCUCAAUUGCUUUCGGCAGCGUUGCAAUCGUCUGCACCAUCUUGUUACCAAGCACGAAGAAGUACCAGACAAACCGUGUUGCUGUGCAGAUUUAGAUGUUUGAAAUGCGAUCGAAGGACAAGACGUCUGCAGCGAAGACCGGUCGUUUGUCGUGGUGGGUCGGCUGAUGUGUUGCCAGUACGGAUAACGAGGCUGGUCCCGGUUUACCUAGUAAUUAAUGUCACAAUACAAUUGUCAGCAUCCAGUACGAUGGCAUGGGCCCAAG